AUGGCCACCCUCGCCCAGCCCAAUACCGCCCCGCUCAAUACCAGCAGAAAAUCACCCAAUCUCACAUCCUCCUCCACGCAACAGGUCCUCUCUCCCAGAGUUCCUUCCCCUUCCAAUGUCCCGACCUCUGUCUCAGAGUCGAACGGGCUGGGUCUUGGGCUAGGGCAUGACCAUGAUCAUGACCAUGGGCACCCCCACGGCCACGCACAUGCCCAGUCUUUCUCUCCGUCAGCGGGAGAAGACCAGCUGGUCAACACGGAUGGAAAGGUGUUGCCGGGGCAGUUCAAGGAUCAGAAAUGUGGGGGCUGCGGAGAGAUCAUUGACCCUACGCAUAUGGGCGUGGUGGUUGCUUUUGGGACGACACUGUGGCACGUCGACUGCUUUAGAUGCGCCAAAUGCAAGGAGAAGGUGUCGGCGGACACCAAUCUCUUGCUGCUAUCCGACGGCAGUCCCGUUUGUGGCAACUGCUCGUACCAAUGCUUUGUCUGCAAAGAGGCAAUCACAGAAGAAGCCAUCAUGACGGGCGACGAGUCUUACCACGCGCAUUGCUUUACGUGUCGGACGUGUAAAAGGCGCAUUGAAGAGCUUGUCUUUGCCAAGACUAGCCAAGGGAUAUAUUGCAUGUCUUGCCACAAUGAGAGAGUAGCAAAGUCUCGGCGUCACGCUGAAGCAAAACGCCAAAGACAAGCCCGGCGCGAAGAAAAAGAACGUGAAAAAAGGGAACGCGAAGAAGGAAAGAUAGAAGAGGAGACUGCCAACAGACAGACAUCUUUGUCUACCCCUCUACCGAAUCAAGGUGCAUCGGGGUCCUAUCUCAAUCCUACAAAUCCUUCGCAAUCUGGAGCGAGCCAGUCGCCGGCUGCUAACGUACCAGCGUCGACGCCUUCACCUAGACCCUGGUCACCAUAUGCCCACGGGCUGGGCGAGCACGACGACGCUGAAAGAGAUCAGGGCAGGCGAGAUCUGGCUGUAGGAGACAGAGGUCUGGCGAGGGCGGGGUCUCCCGCGGGUAAACAGUUGGCUGAAGCUUCUGCCAUGCCUCUGCCCGCGUCCCCAUCAGAAAGCGAAGGUACCCGUCCACUCCGCCCGCCCGAAGCGUCUUCACCCCAACCGCAUUACCAGCAGCGUCCCGGCCAACCGCUCCCGUCCCCUCAAGGGCAGAGUCAACAGCAGCCAACUCUUGGGGCGGGGUUGGGCGUGCCGUCCACCAGUAGAGCCGAGAAAAGACGUUCGAUCAACCCAAGCAUGACCUAUGGGAUGGACGCGCCCAAUUCAACGUUCAUGGAGCAGCGUCUCCCGCCAUCGCCUCUGCGUGCUUCCUUUACAGACGCCAAGGCAAAUCCGAACGCAAACAUCAACGCCGGCGACAAUGGCGAAAGACCGAUCAAGUCGCCAACGUCGCCAUCACCGUUCAUAGGUGGCCAGUCGCUACCGUUGAGAGAUGGUCCGGGGUCGGGUGGAAGCGGGAGCGGAAGUGGUACUGGGGGAGGUAGCCAGCUGCAACAAGCUCAGGCGCAGGCGACUGAGCAUCUACGCAACCGUUCCGGUACUCCCGAGCAACAGCAGCAGCAGGUCCAACCGCCAUCCCAGGCCCCGCCGAGAACGACCUCUUUGCCGGAUCACCUUGCUCAAGCUCAACAGAGGCGGUCGAGGUCUGGCACAAGGACAGAGGAGGAUGGUGCUCGGGAGGCGGCUUUACAAACUCUAGAGCCGGGACAAGGGCAAGGGCAGGAGAAGAAGACGCCCAUACUUACCGCACCUGAUCUGCCGCCGAUAUCAUUCUCGCUAUCCGACCCCGACUUUGCGCUGAUCUUGAAAACAAUGGAUCAAUCGCCCAACAAGGCUGCUCAAGCCAAGUUUGAGAACGACCAGGAUGAACAAGAGGGAUCAGCGUCCAAGUCGUUGGCGAGAAGCCCGAGUCUGGACAUGCUCUCUGCUAUCAACUCUGACCCCCAGGCUCAGUCUCAUCCAUCUCGACCUCAUCUGUCACCGCACUUUUCCGACCCUUACUCGCAGGUCAGGCGCCAGGCUUCUGCGGACAGCACAUUCUCCGUCCGUUCCCGCCUAGGCUCCAAUACUGGCGCGCCGAGCGAUCUCCAACAACUGGUCGAGCUGCUAGCAGAAGCCAAAUUCAGAGAAAAAGAGACUGUCAAUGUGGAUGUGGGCGUAUUGACCGGUGUGAUCAGGGAGGUGGAAGAGAUGAGAGAAGCCAUGAUGGGACUGAAAAACAAGUAUACUGGAGCCAAGCGCUCGAGUCAGCAAUACUCUGAAGGCCUUUCUGUCGCCGGCGAAGAAUACGACAAGGAACGCACCCGCCGCACUGAGCUCGAAACCGAAGUUUCCCGUCUGCGCGCCCAGCUUCAUUCUCAGACCGCGCGUAUGAGCGUGAUUUCGGGCGACGAAAAGAGGGCGGAGAAUAUGAAGCGGAGAAGCAAGGAUCUGGCGAGUAGUUUGACCGGGUUGGAGAGGGAUAUAUCGAGAUUGAGGGUUGAAAGGGAUGUGAGAUUGGCAGAGGUUGACGAGUUGGCUGAACGGGUUGGAUUGUCAAAUGUUGAACCAAACAAGAUAUCACAGUCGAUCUCCACCCGCCUCGACACAAUCCGCUCCCAGUACGCGCAAGAACUCGAGUCUCUCUCCUCUCAGGUCGAGUCGCUUCAACGCGAAAUCACCGAGCUUCGCCAGAUCAAAGAAGCCAGUCUCGAAGAGUCUGCAGCUCUGGCAGCGAAGAACGAGGAUCUGUCAGAGUUAUGCUCGCAAUUGACAAGACAGACGGAGAGCUUGCAGGACAGUCUCUCGAGGGCGCGGCCACCGACAAUCUUCGGCAACGGAAGUGCGUUUGGAGGCAAGGGGGGCAAAGGGCACCACCAUUUGCAGAAUUCUCCCAGUCUGGCUUCGUUGACAGGCCAGGGGCUGCAAGACGUACCGGAGGAGACGGUGACGGCGAGGGUUGUAAAGGUGACCAAACCGGAAACUGCCGAAGCGGCCCCCGUCAAACGAUUCAAGUGGUACAAGUCGUCAAAGGGACCGGAGGCUUCUUCAUCCCCUGCCAACAUUUCGAAACCGCUUGGUCUUGACAAAGAGGCUGCUCUCACUCAGACGUCCUCGUCAGAGAGGGAGAAGGGCAACAAGACCCGGGGCGGUAUGUCGUUGGGUGUUGCUGGGCUGGCGAUGGGUGGACUGGCUGGAGGUCUAUCCGCGAGACCGAGCACCGAGUUUGGGAUGCGGGACCAUACCUUCCAGCAACAUACAAUGAUGCGUUUCACGAGGUGUGAGCUUUGCGGGGAAAAGAUGUGGGGAUUGCAGGAAGUGAAAUGUAAUUCUUGUGGAAUUGUGUGCCAUAGCAAGUGCGCGGAAAAGUUGCCAAGAGGGUGCACGGGAAGUAAGGUCUUGAAGGAAGAGCCCGAGGGGCCUUUGCUUCCAUCAAUGUUUGGCCGCCCUCUCACCGAACAGGUCCAAGCCGACCAACAGAUGAUUCCCACAAUUGUCACCAAGUGCAUCGCCGCCGUCGAAGAGGUCGGUAUGGAGUACGAAGGCAUCUACCGAAAGACCGGUGGCUCCUCCCAGUCAAAACAAAUCACUCAACUGUUUGAAAGAGGCGACUACGAGUCGUUCGAUUUGACCGACGUGGAUGCGUUCAAUGAUAUAUCGAGUGUCACCUCGGUGUUGAAGACGUAUUUCAGGUCAUUGCCAAACCCGCUCUUCACUCACGAGCUGCAUGAGAGUUUUGUGACUGCUGCUACUAUCCGCGACACGAGCAACAAACGCCAAGGAUUCCUCGCACUCCUGCAAGAGCUCCCUACAGAACACUUUAAUACUCUCAAAGUGUUGAUGCUCCAUCUCAACCGGGUCACGGCGCACAGUGCAGAGAACUUGAUGACGUCGCAAAAUCUGGGAGUGGUCUUUGGUCCUACCUUGAUGCGCUCAUCGGAUCCCAGCAGAGAGUUUGGGGAUAUGGCGGGCAAGGCUCUGAGUGUUCAGUGGUUGGUAGACAAUGCCCUCUCGGUGUUUGGACAAGAUCGCGAGUAG